AUGAAUAGGGAUUUAUUGAUAUGUGUGUUUUUAGUUAUUGGUUAUGUACAAAGUGCCCCAUCUUUACUACCCGUGACUGAAGGUCAGGAUGACAUCCUGUGUAACAUUUGUGAGUCGAUGGUGGAAGAUCUGAAAUCUCUAGUUGGAGAAAAUGCAACUGAGUCACAAGUGGAAGAUAAAUUGGAUGAUAUCUGUAACCGCCUAGCCGCUGACCGGGACGUGUGCACGUCCAUGGUUCACCAGUAUCUCCCAGCACUGUUUAGCAAAAUCUCCGGCGCGAUUGAUCCAAAGUCCGCAUGUGUGGAACUGAAGGUGUGUUCUAAAACGGAGGAGGUUAUUAGUAACGAAACCCCAAAAGUAUUUGGCAAUGAAAAUGUAUUAAGCAAUGAAAUACCACUGGACUCAGAGACAGAAUAUAUUCCAGAAAAUGUUAUUGAUAACGUGAUUCCACAGUUUCCACAUCCGUACAGUGGCAGGAAAGGAAAACCAGUCAACAUCAAACAAAAGCUUGCCAGUAAUGAAACAUGUGAGAUUUGUGAAUUCCUGAUUCAAGUCUUGGACGCUUCCAUAGCAACCAAUCAAACCGAGGCAGCAAUCAACAAGACUAUCAUGCAAAUCUGUGCCGCUCUUCCUGCCGAACUGUCGUCUUUUUGCAAGUCGAUUACCCCUGCUCUACUGAAUGUUUUGGAAAAAGGCGUCGAUCCUGAGAAGGGAUGCACAACCCUCAGACUUUGUGAAACAUCUGAUGGAAUAGUGAACAUGAAGAGCCUUACCUGUGACAUGUGUCAGACGUCGAUGAAGGAGGCCUUUGGACGGAAUGGCGAGAAGGUAUGCAAUGAGGUUCGAGGACUCUGCAAGACUAAGAAAGCUGGAUCUAAUGCUUACAAAGAGCCAGUAAAGUAUAAUGACUUUGAAGAGGUUUCGGGAGGUAAAAUGGCCACCAUCCCUAACGAGGAGGAUAACGGAAUAGAGGCCAAUCCCCUGGAAUGUGAGCUCUGUAAGCUGUUGGUAGAUGAAAUCGACCAGGUCCUGGUCAACAACCGGUCAGAGGAGGUCAUCAACGCAACCAUUUAUCAACUGUGUGGAGAAGUACCCGGUGGCAUGAAAAACUUCUGCCUCACCUAUGCCCCACGAAUUGUCCAAUUACUGGAGACUGGCUUUGAUCCCUCGAUUGUCUGCACUAUAGCACGAGCCUGUGCUGCUACGUCGACCCCUGCUGAAGAAGAACCAGUGGAAACCCAAAGGAAAGGACUGGAUGACAUUCUAAAAGAUCUGCUUCAUAACGAAAUCAAUAAUCCAGAGGAUGGUAAAUGUGAUGUUUGUAAAGCCAUCAUCGAGAUAAUGGACAGGUAUUUAGAUAGUAACCAGACCAAGGAUGCCAUCAACAAUACCGUGUAUGGAUUGUGUGCAAGUCUUCCAGGAGACUUCCAACAAUUAUGUGACAGUGUUGCGCCACAAGUUGUGGUUGCAGUUGAAUCAGGACUGGAUCCUACCUCUGCCUGUACUUUCGUCAAACUUUGCUCCUCAGGUAGUUUUUUGACUCCAGUUGAAGAAGAGGAACCAGUUGAAGCCACAAGAAAAGAAGAACUAGAAGACGUCAUAAAGGAUCUGCUUCCCAACGAAGUCAACAACCCAGAAGAUGGUAAAUGUGAUGUUUGUAAAGCCAUCAUCGAGAUAAUGGACAGGUAUUUAGAUAGUAACCAGACCAAGGAUGCCAUCAACAAUACCGUGUAUGGAUUGUGUGCAAGUCUUCCAGGAGACUUCCAACAAUUAUGUGACAGCGUUGCGCCCCAAGUUGUGAUUGCAGUUGAAUCAGGACUGGAUCCUUCCUCUGCAUGUAGUUUCGUCAAACUCUGCACUUCAGGUAACUUUAAACUUUUGGGUGAAGAAAUUGAAGACAGAGUCAAGGAUGUGGAAGAGGAUUUAGAAGUUGGGGACACCAAAUGUGAGCUGUGUAAAUUGGUAAUCAACCUGGUAGACCAAUAUAUCGGUCGUAACACUUCCAUGUCGGGACUCAACAGCACCGUGUACGAAUUGUGUGGUCUGCUUCCGGGGGAUAUCAAGGCCACCUGCGACUUGCUUGCACCUGGGCUUGUGAAGGCUAUGGAAAGCGGUUUUGAUCCAGCAAGAGCAUGUGAUUUCAUCAAACUCUGCGCUAACGACACUAUGGUAGAAGCGUUUGAUGAAGAAGAAGAAGAAAUUGAAGAAGUAGAACACCAACAGACCAUAAAACUAACAGGCUUCGACGGAAUCAAAGCAGAGAUAGAAAGAACGAUUAUGAAGGAUGUGGAAGGUUUUGGGGACGACAAGUGUGAUCUCUGUGAGUUCGUCAUCAACCUGCUCGACCAGUACAUAGAAAAAAAUUCAUCUCAAAUAGCCAUCAACAACACGGUGUAUGAACUUUGUGGAUUUUUACCAUCAGACAUCAAAGCUGCCUGCAAUCUCUUUGCACCUCAGCUGGUAAAGGCAAUGGAAAGCGGGUUUGAUCCUUUGAGGGCGUGUGAAGCUGUCGGGCUCUGCACUAACGGUUCCAGUGUAGAACCUCAAUUGGUUGAGGUAGAGCCAAUCGUUGAGCCUCGAAGCCAAGAGGAGGAGGAGGAACCCAUGGGUGAAGAGAUGGAACCAAGAAGUGAGGAAGAUAAAUUAAGGGUAGAGGAGGUCGAGCCAAGAAAUGAAGAAGUUGAGCCAAUGGGUGAAGAAGAAGAGCCAAGAGUAGAAGAAGUUGAACCAAUGGGUGAAGAAGAAGAGUCAAGAGUAGAAGAAGUUGAGCCAAUGGGUGAAGAAGAAGAGCCAAGAGUAGAAGAAGUUGAGCCAAUGGGUGAAGAAGAAGAGCCACGAGAAGAAGUUGAGCCAAUGGGUGAAGAAGAAGAGUCAAGAGUAGAAGAAGUUGAGCCAAUGGGUGAAGAAGAAGAGCCAAGAGUAGAAGAAGUUGAGCCAAUGGGUGAAGAAGAAGAGCCAAGAGAAGAAGAAGUUGAGCCAAUGGGUGAAGAAGAAGAGUCCAUUAUCGGGGAGAACGAUUCAAUGGCCAGGCAUGUCAAGGCUAUCACACAACCUGGGGAGCAACAUUCCCUUCAGUUGGAAGAAUCAGAAGAGGAACACAUGCCUAUUUAUUAUAAAGAGGAUCACAUUGUAGAGGAGCACGAAUUAGAAAAUGCUGACGCUCGUUGUGAACUUUGUGAAUUAAUGAUUGGUAUUGUGGACCGUUAUUUAGAAGCGAACACCACCCAGCAGAAGCUGAAUGAAACAGUAUACAAUCUUUGUGGAGUUCUACCGUCAACUCUCAAGAGUUCAUGUCUGUUGAUAGCUCCAAAAGUUGUGAGUACAAUAGAAGGAGGUUUAAACCCAGAAUCAGCAUGUACACAGGCCAACUUCUGUGUAAAUGGUACUGAACUGGAGUUCCCCAUCCAGGUACCAGGGCUGACCUGUGAAGCCUGUCAUGGUAUUGUAGAACUAACCAACCCGGCGAUGUAUGAUGUGGAGACUGCUGACAACAUUUGCGCUGCGUCUUGCCCUCGAAGACACCGGCGGUCAGCUCCAGGUUCCCAGUUUCUGAACAUUUUGCAGGUUUUACGAGAUGACCCAGCCUGGUCCUGUGAUGUUUGCGAAUUCAUGGUGAAGGCGGUCAAUGUUAUGUUGACCGACAACCAGACGAUUGACAAGGUCACAGAUCGCCUAAUGGCGCUGUGCAGCUACUUCCCUGCUCCCUACGCUCAAACGUGUAAGAACUCAGUGGUGGAGGUCGUCGAAGAAUUUGACAAAGGCAUCGAUGUGAUGAAGUUUUGUAACAUUGAUAACGGAAACCAAUGUGGAAACGGUUUCCAGGAUAUGGACCUGUUACUUACCACUCUAGGUAAACCUGAGGAGUGGGAGUGUAACAUCUGUAAAAAAGCGAUGUCCACCAUGAACUCCUUGUUGGAUCAAGACUAUGAGCAAAUCAAAAUGUACAUGAGCGGUGUUUGUGAGAGGAUGUCUGCUCCACACAACCAACAGUGCCAUGUCUAUAUACAGACACAAGGUGACCAGGUGUUCAACAGAAUUAUUGAAAGACUUCUCAGCCCAACAGAGGUGUGUCAGUUCGCAGGAAUUUGCUCAGUAAAACCACAACACCAUCCUAACACAACCACGCCUCCAUUUGUUCUGUUCUCUCAGGAAGCUGCGCCUCCAUUUGUUCUGUUCUCUCAGGAAGCUACGCCUCCAUUUAUUCUGUUCUCUCAGGAAGCUACGCCUCCAUUUGUUCUGUUCUCUCAGGAACCUAUGCCUCCAUUUGUUCUGUUUUCCCUGGAAGCUACGCCUCCAUUUGUUCUGUUUUCCCUGGAAGCUACGCCUCCAUUUGUUCUGUUCUCUCUGUAA